AUGCUACCACCAACGUCAAAAUAGUCCCCCACCCCAUUUUUGUUUGCGGCCAUAAAUUUUGGCCAACAUUUUUGGAAAAAAUUCAAACUUCUAAUAAGAAAUUUGACAAACAAAGUGUGAGCCCUCCCCCCAGCCAAAUCCUGGGUGCGCCACUGCAUGCAGGGUUUACUAUUGAGAUCAGGUGGGUGAGACUGACCAUGGGAAGGUGGGUAGAUUUGGGUACGUUCCAAAUGAUUGAUUACAUAUUCUGUACCUCACUUUCGGCUUCAUGUUUCAGCUUUAUUAUUUAAUGUCUACGACUCGAUGUUUUCAGGCACAGAAAACAUACACCACAUUUUCAAGACUCAAAGGGAACUAAUUAACCUACUGGAAACGUUCAGGCACACCUGUCAUCUCGCCGGUACCUUCAAAAAAAUCCUCACAAUCUUUAAAAAAAUUGCUCGUAAACCAGGUACACGUGCUUCAUUGAGUUAAACGUGGAUAAUUAUUGUUUAGCAAUGAUUAACCAUUCGAGUGGAUGGGUUACAGUUAUAAAUAUGUCGUUGGGAUUAUGUGACCAUUCAAUCAUUUAGCCACGCCCACACCUGAAUUCUAUAAGAACACGGCGAUUUGUGCAAAUUGAGCACAUCGACUAUCGAUCUCCACAAGUCACACAUUUCCUCCCGCCAAUCGAGAUUUAAAGAUGAAGCUGCUUGCUCUCUUCACGUGUGUAGCUUUCCUGUACGGUUUCUCCGCGGAGACACCUGACUGGGAUAACAGCGCUACCGACGAUUCACAGGAAGAACCCGCCACGGCCAUCGAAUCCAAUGACUUGGACAUCGAUGACGAUGAUAACUCACCUGCCAUCAUAGCUGUGGGUGAGUGGGACGAACAAGCCGCCCUGAACUGGGCAGGUCAGACAGACGAUAACUGGGAUGAGGCACACACCUUGGCUUGGUUGAGUGACGAACCGACACAAGUCAGCAAUGCAUUGGACUCAGGUGUGAAUGCUGUGAAAAAGGGCUUACUCACCUGCUCUUGUUCCCGUGCCAGACGAGAUUGCAGGUGCUGCUUUAGACUCAGAAUCUCGAACAAAAGAUUCAAUGCCUGUUUGGUGGCGUAUUACAGUGGUGGACACGUAGGAGUAAAGGCGACACUGAAUUCCAGAACUAUCAUCAACAGAUACUGUGCAGGGACAUGUACGAAAUUGAAGGCAUGCCGACGAUUCCUCGGGAAGAGGGUCUGCGUAGGUCUGACCGGCAUCAGUCGCCAAUCCCACGCCGUCUCUGCAAACGCCAGGUUCUGGGUGCGGGGCGUCGUUUGCAUGAGGUCCCGAAGAAUCACUAUUCCCUUCUAGAUCGACUAUGUCAGGCCGCUGAUGCUUUGCAACAUACUACAAGAAGUAAAUUAGCAUGAUUAUAAAAUGUAUUAAAACAAUUAAAAAGGUGUCAGAAAUUUUACACGAAAUUCACAUGUGAUUGCCACUCACUAUGGUAAAGCCAUGUCGCGACCUUGUUCCCAAUCUUUUUUUUUUUUCUGAACGCUAGCGAAAUUCCGAAUGCAUGGCACACAUUGAUUUUUUAUAAUACCUUGCAAAGACAAAACGCCCACCCCAAAUCUUAUAGGAAGUGAAAUUCUGGCAAAGUGGAUAAAGUCAAUAUCCUCUGAACAAUGAAGUAUGGCGUUUAAUCUGACCAAGUACACACAUACGAGGUCACUUUUGUGGAUGGGAUUUUCCAGAUUUUUUUUUUAUUUGCGGAGUGAACCCUUUUCUACUCAAAGAAUAAAAAAAUUAUAUUCUGAAAAAAAAAUGAUGUUCGAUAUGUCAGUUGAUAUGAAAAUGACCUGCCGUUUAUCAACAAAAAGCAUUUACGUAUUCUCUCAAUCUCUCUUUACGUAAUCUCAGUUGGUUCAAGUUAGUCAACCCUCGGUCUAUUUUGUGUCGAAUUUGUAUCAAAAUUGUUCGCAAGAUUUCCGUGGCAAGUUUUAUCCUGGUGAUGAUACAAUAUCCGAAUGAAUUGGAAGGUUUGAUAGAAUAAGUUUGGCAUUGCAGGAAGAACGUUGGGGAAAAUUAAAGUGCGCCACGAUGCAUGAAUGAGAAUAUUAGACUUGGCCAGGGGCGGAUCCAGGAAUUUUAGCAGGGGGGGGGGGUUUCAUGAGCAAAAAAAUCUGAAAAUGUACACAGGUUUUUUUCUCCGGACACUUGGCCUCCUUAAAAUCAAAAUUUGAUUGUUUUUUAGUAGUAUAGUCUCAAUGCCGAUAUGUACUAGUGGAUCAUGUCACACAAUUAGCAUUUUCCAAUCAGAUUGUACUGAAGUAAAUAAUUGUGUUAGUUUUAAUUUAUCAUCAGCGGUAAUGUUAAUUAAAUAUUGGAACAUGAGUUUCAUAUGACAGCAUUGA